CUGCUUUUUGCGGAGGAUAUUCGUGCUUCAUCGUAUGCAAAUUGCACCAAGACCGCGGUUGGAUAUUCCUGCUUUAACUGCGUGCAAAUUGCAUCAAUAAUGAAAUACGUUCUACUGCUGACGGCGGCUGGAUUUCAGGCUGCGGCUGGAUUCCAGCUCGCGCCGACGCGUCUGCGAGCAGUCCACGUCCUCAGGGCAGCCGACUACGCCGAGGCCAUCGAGCAGGACCGCGUGGUGCUCCGGCGAGCGGCGGAGACGAAAAACGAGGAGAGCGACGCGGUCGUCGACGCGUUGCUAGGCCUGGAGCAAUCGUGCAAGGAGCGGUCGCGCGCCGAGGGCGCCUCUGCGGGCGCGGCGAUCGCCGACAAGCUCACGGGCGCCUGGCGUUUGGUGUUCACGACGGGCACGAUAUCGCGGCAGAAGCGCACCGGGGCGCGCGUGAAUUAUUUUCCGGUCAAGGCCGUACAGACGUUCGACCUCGCCGCCUCCAAAAUUACGAACGGUCCUACUCUGUGUGGUAAAUCACUGAGCCCACAUCACGCCAUCGACGCGCGUUCGACGCAGGCAUCUUCUUCGGCGACUGGGCCGCCGUGCGCUUCUUCGGGCCCAUGGAAUUUAAUGAAGAAUCGAGGAAGCUGACCUUCGACUUCACGCGGAUCGAGGUGUUUGGAGGCGCUCUGGGUUUCGACCUCGGCAAAGGAGGCGCCGCGGAGAUCGGCGCGGCGACGGGCCUCGGCUCGGAGAACAACGUAAAACUCGCGGAGCAGGGCAAGAAGCCGUUCUUCAACUGGAUCGACUGCGACGACGUCAUCGCGACGGCGCGCGGCGGCGGCGGCGGGCUCGCGCUCUGGACGCGGACGGAGCAGCCCUAGUUUGUAAGUGUGUCGUGGGGUA